UGGCGAAGCUCUUCUCACAUCACAGGUCUUUGGAAUCGCCCUACAGCUGUUGCUGGAACGUCAGGGCCCGUGACGUCGCACCCCCCUCCUAUUACUGCUCUUCCAAUGGGGGGUUGGCCUCCCCCUCUCUUUUUUAUCGGCCUGAUCUCCUUCAUCUUUUCUUAGGAAGCGUGACGGACACCUUUGCAUCUGUGCACGGCACCUCGGCCACGUACCUUGCUCUCUUGCCAUGCCUUUCAAGUCCUGCGUAGCAACAUUGAAAGAGGAUUUGGAUUUGCGCAGGUAGAAUCCUUCGAUUACCGCGCUUUGAUUCUUUUAAUACUCGGGCCAUUGCAUGAUUGCAUACUGGAGAUUUGACAUAGCGGGGAAAAAAGAGCGAAGGAAGAAGACGCCUUGAAAAGGAAAACGGUGCCUUUUGUCCAUUAGUUCUGCCUGCGUCGUUUGAACUCCCCUCCACGCGCACAUCGUCUCCACGCCAUCCUAUAAAUUAAGCUGGACCAUGGCAGACGACGAAAACGGGCUUAGCGGCGGCGGCAGCAGCAGCACCACCACCACCACCAGCAGCAGCUCGAACGAGGUCCCUCCGGAGCCCUGCAGGGACAGUUGCGAGAACAGCCGCUGCAAUGUGCUGACUUGGGAGCAAGUGCAGCGCUUGGAUCGUAUCCUGAGUGAAACCAUCCCGAUUCACGGCCGGGGGAACUUCCCCACUCUGGAAAUGCAGCCGCGACAGAUCGUGAAGGUGGUGAGGAGCCGCCUGGAGGAGCAAGGCAUCGGCGUGCGCGAUGUCCGGCUCAACGGCUCGGCGGCCAGCCACAUCUUGCACCAGGAUAGCGGCCUGGGCUACAAGGACUUGGACCUCAUCUUCUGCGCCGAUUUGAAAGGCGAGACGGAGUUCCAGAGAGUCAAAGACGUGGUCCUGGAUUGCCUCUUGGAUUUCUUGCCGGACGGGGUUAACAAGGAGAAGAUCACGCCGCUCACCCUGAAGGAAGCCUACGUACAGAAAAUGGUGAAAGUCUGCAACGAUUCAGACCGAUGGAGCCUCAUCUCAUUAUCCAACAACAGUGGCAAAAAUGUGGAGCUGAAAUUUGUGGACUCUCUGAGGAGGCAGUUUGAGUUCAGCGUAGAUUCUUUUCAGAUCAAGCUGGACUCUCUCCUUCUUUUUUAUGAAUGUUCUGAAAAUCCAAUGACUGAAACUUUUCACCCGACUAUAAUUGGGGAGAGCGUCUAUGGGGAUUUCCAAGAAGCUUUUGAUCACCUUUGUAACAAGACGAUCGCAACUAGAAAUCCAGAAGAGAUCAGGGGAGGUGGCCUCCUUAAAUACUGCAACCUCCUAGUGAGAGGAUUCAGGGCUGCCUCCGAAUCUGAAAUUAAGUCCCUCCAGAGAUAUAUGUGCUCAAGGUUUUUUAUUGAUUUCUCAGACAUUGGAGAACAGCAGCGGAAGCUGGAGUCCUACUUGCAGAACCACUUUGUGGGACUCGAGGACCGCAAGUAUGACUAUCUCAUGACCCUUCAUGGGGUGGUGAAUGAGAGCACAGUGUGCCUGAUGGGACACGAGAGGCGACAGACGUUAAAUCUUAUCACCAUGCUGGCCAUCCGGGUGCUGGCUGAGCAAAACAUCAUCCCCAACGUAGCCAAUGUUACUUGCUACUACCAGCCAGCCCCUUAUGUAGCUGAUGCUAACUUCAGCAAUUACUAUAUUGCUCAGGUUCAGCCCAUGUUCCCCUGUCAGCAGCACACUUAUUCUACUUGGUUGCCCUGUAACUAACCGGAUUUUAUAGACUUGGGGGAACUAACCAGUUUUAAGAGACUUGGGGAAGCAAAUAAAAGGGGAGGAUGGCUCUCCUCUUUUAAAAGUAGGAAGUGCAACAUGGUUUGCUCUACCUUUUAUUUUUUAUUUUUUUGCUGGAGGAAAGUUCUUCUGGUUCUUCUCUCUUGCAUUAAAUGAGUUAGAAAAGAACCAAAAGCUAUUGGAUUCCACCCCAAGGUAUGCAACCUGUCUUGAAGAGCAACUAGAUCGCCUUGAAAUAAACCUAGGAGAAAUGGUUGAUGACAAUAUGGGUUGGCAAUGCUUGCUCUCCCAUAGCUAUGGCAGAGCAAAAGUUGGGAAGGCCGCCUUGAUUAUUAUUAUUAUUAUUUUAAAAAAUGGAAUCUGAACAUUGAAAUGAAAAAGGAACCUAAGAAGAAGAAGAAAGAGAAACAAACAAACAAACAAAAAAAAGUUAAAUAUGCUUUCAGGAAUUAAAAGUUAGAUGCAAAAAUAUACAGAUACGUUGGAAUAAGGUGUAAUUUGGAAUUCUUUCUUUGGAGUAUGCAUUAAUUAUGCUGCCCAGGAAGGGUUGCCACAGAAUGUAUAGCUUGCUUGAAUAGAAUGCUUUAAGAGAAAUUGCUUGCUCAAAAAAAGAAAAGGAGAGAUGGAGGCUGAAAGAAGGGUGGGGGUGGGAAGGAUUAUGGCAAAUUUCAUUAUUUCCAGCUGUGUGCAUGCUUCACAUUUUUUAAAAAAAUGUGGAAAGCAAGAAAACCAGCUGCAGCAAGCUUCAUAUGCUUUAGGACCAAAGAUAAAUUCUCCUAUUAAAGACGGGAUAUGGUAGAUUAUGAAAUAUAAAUAUAUAUAUUUGUAUACAAAAAUUUUAAACAAAAGUGCCUGAUGUUUUCAGAGAAUUUGAAGUGAGAAAAAAAAAAUAUAGUUUUGUGGUUUAAUCUUGCAUUAUGUUUUUUUUUAUCAGGGACACAAGAAACUUUAAAAAAAAAAUAAGCUUGUGAAUAAAUGGUGGAGGAUAUUCCUAUUUGUUUUCUUUGCAAAUACCUAUAUAAAGGUUAUAUUGUUGGUGUUCUACAAUCUUUGGUACACAAUGUAUGUGUAUGUUUAUUGUUUCGUGCGUGCGUGUAACAUGUUACAUGUAUAUAUUCACAUGUUUUAAACAUGGUAGGGAAAUGUAGCAAAUGUUAAGGAAUGUUUUAAAUGAGCUAUAGUGUGUGUGUUCCAGUCUGCAACAGGAUAUAAUCAUUGUGAGGCACUUUGCAGAGAUUCCCAUACCUGAAAAAUGUAGAUACACAAAUUAGUCCUAUAUAAAAUAGGAAUCCAACGAUAAAAGUAAUUAAUUGCCCUAUUUGUGAGCCAUGGGAUUUCGUAAUUGGACAAAACCUCUUAACUCUGAAUUAUUGUAUCUUAAUAUAAUGUGGUUUUAAUGUUCAGCUUAGAAAUUCCUACAUAUUUCUGUGGUGGAGCAAGACACCAACUGGAAUGUGGCUCAAACAGGUGGCUCCCCUAAUCCCCAGAUACUGUUUUACUUGGUAAUUUAAAUAGUUAUGAUUAAUAUUUCUUUUGAAAAGCAAAACGCACUAUGCAUUCCACGACCACUAUAAUUUAGCAAAUGUGAAAUGAACCCUUCGUGUUGCACGUUUGUGUGCAUGUAUGUUUCUUUCCACACAUACAUACACUAUCAAACAUCUUUGAUUUGAUUGCCACACUCUAUUUUGCAGCUUAAUAUUGUGUCUUAUUUAAAAGGAAUCGUUUUUGCUUUCUCAAAGAAUCAACUUACUGCAUGUUCUUCCAUCCCCUUUGUGUUGAUUAUCGUACAGAAGAGUCCUGACUGUUUGUUUUUCUUUUUCCUCCAGCCACUGGUUUUUAAAAGGAAAUGAAAUCUAACUGUAACGUUCAAAUACAGAGUUAAGAGAUCUUUUAAGUUAAUUAAUGAAGGAACUUACGUUUGGAUUUAAGUCUCGGAUGCUUUAUGAAUUGUGUUGGAGCCUGGCUUGUCUGCUUUCCCCCAUUUUUAAUAAUCUGACAUUUCUAGUACUGAUGGAGGAAGGCCACCAACAUUUGUAGAAUCAAAUAUUAUUUAGAUACAUCCCUAGCAAUGAUAAAACAAGAUGAAAUAUUUAUAACGUAAGGAUUAGUAAAUUGCUAAUCAGACAAUCUGUCCUUGGCCCCCGUAAAACUAUUCACAAUCUUAUUUCCUCUACUAGCUUUUAAGUUACGAAAGAUUUUCCCGUAUCUACAAUAAUUUUGUGUUAGUUGAAUAGGAUUCCCCAUGUCUUUACGGUACUCAAAAGUUUGUCCCCCUCGGUGAAUCCUGUCCAUCGUUUGUUCUGUCUUGAAAGCACUCUCUGCUUGCCUUUGCUCCUUCUGAUGCCUGAUAGGUGUGACCUUUUUUUUAAAGCUUAUUUCGAUUAGUGCUUAGUUAUAAACCAAUGUUAACGCAGUCUCAUCUGUGGUGAAUGAAAAGAGAGGUAAAAAUUUGCAUUUGGUAAAAACAACCAGACAUUCACUUAUUGUCUUGUCUUUAUUCCUGUGACCAUCCAGAACAGAAUAAUGAAUGAAUCCAACUCAGGGUAGGAGUUCUUGGGGGGGGGGGGGACAGACAGGUCAGGGUAGCUGCUGCAACUGUACAAGUUUGUUCCUGGUGGAAACUGAGCUGAAGGCUGGGGAAAUGGGAUCAGCUGGUAAUGUGGUUUUAUCUUUUCCUUACUGCAGAUACUUUGCUGCAAAGAAAUGAGUCACAUCCACUCUAGCAAGGGGUUGGGGAUCACUGGCAGGACCUCGACUAUAAAAUGCUGAUAGUAUAUAGCAUAUUUUCCUUUGGAGCAGUUUUUCCAUUUUUUUUAAAAAAAGAAAUCCUUAUUAGUCCAGGCAUUAUAGGUCCCCCCAGCCCACACUCUAUACCACAUUCCAUAGUUCAGAGUUUAGUUGCUCUUUACAGCAAAUGGAUGUGGUAAAAGCUUGGCAAUUAUCUCUCCACCCCCCACUUCAAAGGCUCAGUAGUUUUGAUUAGCGUACAGACACAUCCACACAUUUAUACUUGGGGUGGGGACUUGUAAUUGGUGGGGAUUUUUAGUAGAAAGUGUCUGAUGCUACUAACUGGUGGUCAAACAACUUAAAAUCUGUAUUUUCAAAAUCAUUCUGUUUUUGUGGGCGCAUAAUUAGCUCUUUCUAGAGUUUGGCACUGUCUACCUUCCUUUUUCAAUUUUGAUGGAUUGAUAGUUUGAGGAGAAAAUGCUUCAUACUGUUUAGGGUCCUGUACGAUUUCUUCAGUAGAUUUUAAAAGUUGUUGUAGUAUUUUUAAUACAAGACGUCUCAUUUAUAGCUAAAUUGAUUGGGGUUCCAGUGAAUUAUCUCUGAAUCAUAGAAGAUCUGAAUUUGUUGUAAUAUGACAGUGGCUGGAAAGAGAAAAGACGAACGUAAAGUUUUGUAUUCUAUUCAAUUUUAAAAGAAUAAUUUUAAUAGUGAAUAUUUUGAAAAUCUCAUUUGCCCAUAUCUGUUGUGUGGAUCUCAAAUGAUUGGAAGUGUUAUUUUCAAGUCCCAAGUUGUUCAGUGAAAUUGUACUGUAUAUAAUCUGCAACAUGCACACAUAAAACAAAUUAUUUGAAAGGAAACAAGCAAAAAUUAAGAGACAAUAAAGAAAAAAUGCCAGCAGGAUUAUUGUUUUCAUAACUCAUUUUAUUUAAAGGCUUUAAAACUUACUUGCUGCUAGGUAUUGCACAAAGUUUCAUGCACACCUUAUAAAUGCCUAUUGUAAAAUGCUUUAUAUGCAAGUUAUAUUAUUGAAGGCUCUUAUUCAUUCAGAGAAAGCUUUAAAUAGUUUGUGGAGUUUAAAAUUGUGUAAAGGAAAAGAGACAGAGAAGGAAAUAUAUCUAAUGACAUAUUCAGCACUUUUUUUCUCUUUUUUUUUCUUUUUGUUUUGUUUAAUUUGUUUUCGGAUGUCUUUCCAGUUUCCAUUGCAAUGGACAAAAAUCCAAAGUCAAUGUAUACGUUUUGCUGUUCGCUAUGAUUACAACUACUUAAACUUUGGAAAGCCUACGCAUUUUACAAUGCGCUGUACAUGGCACUGCAAGCCCUUGAAGUCUAUGGGAAGUAUUGUCAAUUUCAUUCUCCCAAAUUCUACAGAAUUCUGAACUUGUAGUCUUCAGCAAAGCAUCCUGUUGCAUCCAGCUGUUCCUUUGACUGCUCCUGCUAUGGGAAUUUGUUGACUCUGGGUUCGGUUGGUGGUUGAACCAAGUAAAGGAUGGAAAACAGACCCUUCUUAAGUAACAAAAGCAUUUGCUUCUGGGCUAGAGGAAACAGAUUGUGAAUUUUGUUUACAGCAUCCAAUAUUUGGAAUAUUUGUAAAUAAAAAUGUUAUUUUUUCUAGUUA